AUGAACGAUACCCAACCCCAAUUGAUAUCAUCCCAACCCGAAAUCGUGAUUGAGGACACCUCGACAAGCCAGACAGAGAAUCUUACCCCAAACAACUCUGCGAAUACCGCCGCCAGCACCAUCCCAUCGUCACCGCCUAGGCCUCGCAAGGAACGCCGCAACCCAUCCAUCACACCCCGAAAGUUCCAGCGCUUCUUCACUCCCCGUUCUCGUAUCCCCUCAAAGCCCAGUGCCGCCCGCAAGGCCCUCUGCGACCUCACAGCCCCUGCCCUCAACCGCUGCCAGACCCCGUCGAGCCCCCUGAAGCCUGUUUCAGAGGAUCAAAACUCACCGCAACUCCCCGAGGAUUCCCGCAAUGUUGACGAUGACCACCGUGGAAAGCGCCGCAAGAUUCAUCACACCCCAGACAAGGAGUCGAGCCUCCUACCCUCUCCUCUGAACUCGUCGCCCCUACUGCCGACUCCGGAGCUGAAGGAAGGUCCGAGCAGCCCUCUCCGCUCGUUACGUGCUCGCCGGGGUGUGGAAGAUGAGGCUGAGAGUGAUAGGUCGGAUUCGGAGAAUGAAGACGAGGAGGAUGUCUUGGUCAGGCGGCCCACUCCCCUUUAUCGGCGUGGUAUGGCAGGACAGUUGGUGCAGCGCAUGAUGGGAGCCAUGCGGUUUGCUGGCGAGCGGCCAUUGCAGUGUCCUGUUAUUGACUGGCGCAUGGAAACGGCGGACUGGUAUAGCAAACCUGAAGACACCCACUUCUCCUCGAGCCAUGAAGGCGCUCCUCGUGCCAUUCCUUUUUGCACGACCGGCUGCAACAAAAACAGUCUGGUGGCCGUCGGUGAUGAGGAAGGCUACGUCCGCUUUCUGGACUCAGAUGGCGAGUUCUCCCAGAUCUUCCUAUCUUUCCAAGCCCAUGGGAACGCCAUCAUUGAUAUGGCCUUCUCUGAAGACGACUACCUGCUAGCCACGGCAUCAGGCGACCAGACUGGUCGUGUGAUCGAUGUUAUGGCCCAGAAGCCCAUUUCAGUUUUAAGCCACCACACUGCUUCCCUCAAACAAAUUCGUUUCCAGCCCGGUCGCGGCGCUAGUUGCGUGCUGGCCACGUCCGGCCGCGACGGCAGCAUCCAAAUCUGGGAUCUACGUUGCCGCGGCGGACCCGUCCAGGACGUUACUAUCGUUCCUGAGACAGGCCUCCAUCACCGCUUGCCGAAACCUCCCAAUCCAGGCUGCGUCGUCAACAGCAUUGACCGUGCGCACGCAAUUCCACCUCAUUCUCGUAACUCCAAAGGCCAACAGCCCUCCAACUCAGGCGACGCUCCCCGCCUAGGCGAAGUCCUCAACCGCAACGGCGAAGUCUCAGUCACCGCUCUCCAAUUCCUGCCCCCUGGCCAAGAACACCUCCUCCUCUCUGCCUGCGAAGCCGAUGCGUCCAUCCGCCUCUGGGAUAUCCGCGCCGUGCAUACCUCCCGCCAUUCGCGCACCUCGACCCCCGUGUCCUGCACACCUCCUCCCCCGUCGCACGUCUCCUUUCGCCCCUUCGGCAUCUGCUCCAUGGCGCUCAACAACGAAGGCACGCGCCUGUAUACUCUCUGCAAGGACAACACCGUCUACGCCUACAGCACGGCGCACCUCGUUCUCGGCCACGCAACAGAGCUGACCCCAGCCCUUCCCGGCGCCGAGCCUCCCCGCAGAAGACACCACCCUCACGGCCUCCCGCACCGGGGGCUUGCUCCUUUAUAUGGAUUCCGCCAUCCCCUCUUCCACGCGACCUCCUUCUAUGUCAAGGCCGCGAUCCGUCCUGUUUCGAAUGGCCGUUCCGAGUUGCUAGCUGUCGGCUCGAGCGACGCCUGCGCAGUCCUCUUCCCCACCGACGAGCGGUACAUUCGCGAGGCCUGGCUCUCUUCUGGGGCCGAUCCCGAACCUUACUACGUUGGCACGCCAACUGCCUGCCUGCCCAACCAGUCUAGUUCCCGCCCCGGCCUGCGCUCACACACCGCCGCGUUGGCGCGGUCAAACAGUUUCCUUUCUCAGCAGCAGGCAGCGAACAAGAGUGUCCCCAUCGUCACACUCGGUACGCCUCUUGUGCGGGGUCACACCAAGGAGGUGGGUGCUGUGGCAUGGACAUGUGGUGGGGAGAGGUUGGUGACGGUUGGGGAUGAUUUUAUUGUGCGGUUGUGGAGCGAGGAUCGGGAGGUGGCAAGGGAUUUGAGGACUGGUGGCGAGACGGGCGGCAGGAGGUGGGGGUGUGGUUGGGCUGAUGUGGGGGAUGCGUGGGACGGGGAUGAGGAUGAUUGGUGA